AUGGAGUCUUCGCCUUCAUCGCUGAAUUAUCUCCGUGCGGUGCAACAGCUGCAGAAAAAGACGGAGGAGUUGGAACACGUGCUCGACGAGACGCACCGUCUGGAGCGUGAGAAUGCGGCACUCGUGGAGGAGAAGGCAGCGCUGAUGCAGGAGGUGGCGCAGCUCGAGGCACAGAACCGCGACUGGCGAGCCGAAUUCGGCGUGCUCGAGGAUCAAGUGAAGCGCCAACAGCGGCACCUGCAAGAACACAUCGAACGAGAGGCCAAGAGGCUGCAGGAAUCCAGCGCCAAGUCGCGUGAGAGUGGCGCGGAGAUGGGGAGGCUCCAAGAAAGGCUUCGGGCAGCUGAAGAAGCAAGGGAGGAAGGCGCAGAAAUGGCGGCGCAGUGCCGCCGUCUCUCACGCGAGGUGGCGGCACUAAAACGGGAGCUGAAAUCCGCCAAGGCGAAGGCAACACAUUACCACUCUUCACACACACGCACUGCAGCGGACAGUGCCGCCAUGGAACAGAUCGAGAGCAAUGCGCUGGAAGGGGUGAGAAGUGAGAUUGUAUCUUUUGCGGCGGAGAACGAACGACUGAUCAAUGAGUUGGAGGCGGAGCGCAAGGCACGCGUGGUGGCAGAGGAGGGUGUUGUCAACCUGCAGCAGUUACUGCAGCGACAGCGCGAGGUGAGCGAUCAGCAGCAGCAACUCGCCAAAGAAGAACUGCGGGCACUCAACGCGCAGAACGACGCUCUUUUGGAGGAUGUCAAAAUUCUGAUGGAGCGAGAGGCUGCAGGCAGGAGUGACGUCUUUGCGUCGGGAACCGAUGCCGCACCCCACCGGCGCGUGUCAACUGUGGACCGCGGCAGCAUGACGACAGAGGUGCCAUAUGCGCCCCUCUGGUCGCCGUCCACGCAACGAGCAGGGGCCAUUCAGCCCGUGAAACAGUACCCGGCCACAGUGGAUGACGGCAUAAGCACAACCACCGCGCAGGCACAAGUCCGGGAGCUGAUGGAGAAGGUGCGUGAUUUAGAGAGCAAGACGGCGGAGCAGGCGUUUCUCCUUCGUGAAAAGGAGGCAAACGAGCGCCUUCUCGAAGAACGCGCAGCACUCCAUGCGGAGGAGCGACGGCACCUUCGCUCUCUUCUUGAAAAGGCGGCGACGCCGGAGAAGGCUAGCGAACGCUACGAGAGUAGCCAUAUUGUUCGAGCAGAAGCGGACACAGAGCUGAGUGCCGUACUUGAAUCCAUUAUUGAAUUACUGAGAACAUUUGUGGACUGCGCCGCUCGUCUCCGUACCCGACUUUUGCUUCAGACGUCAAAUACAGACUCGAGUGUGCUCCCCAUCGUGCCGUGCCGUGAGCACAGCAGCCCACACCUCAACGCCAUCUUUAGCCACCUCGGCGGAUUGCGUUACGUCGCCACUAUCAUUGACGAAAUAGGAGAAGCAGCCUCAAAGAGGCCCCAGAAACAAAAAGAAGAACAACAAUGGGAAGCAUUAACCAAAAAACAAACACCCUCCCAAACACCUGAAAAAAACUCGGACAAAACACAAGCACAGAUCACUGAAGGACCGGCUUCUGCCACUCACAACACCACCCGUUCACCAAAAACGGGCUUCACCAGGUAUGACAUUGACAAAUGGUUGAUGGAGAGAAAAGAAAACCUAAAACGGCAAUUACAGCACGCCAACACUCCCAACAAGAAAAACUCGAGCACAUCAUCACACUCCAACCCCGAUUAUCAGUCGGGGGAAACUCUAGAAGAGGCAGCAAAGGAAUUAAAAAAGCCACAUUAUCGCCAAAAAUAUCGAUAA